ACUGACAAUUUAUGACACGUCUUCUCUAUAGUUACACUUGUGUAGCUUUUAAUGAUUUCAUUCUAAAUGUAUUAAUAAUUAAAAAAUGGGUGGCCAAAAAUUUGAAUAUGAUGAAAGUGGAUCUACAUUCUUUUAUUUUGUUCUUUCAUUUCUCGCGUUAAUAUUGGUGCCUGCUACUUUUUAUUAUUGGCCACGAAAAAGGAAAGAAGAUCCAGCUAAAAGAGCAGAAUUGUGUCAGUGUCCAAACUGUGUAAAGAAACAGCUAAUUAUAGAACAAUCACAGCCCUACAAGGGAGUAAAAAAUUUCUUUAUAAAGUUAGCUAUUGUAUUAGGAUGGGUGCUAUUGGGAUUCCUAGCAUACAAAGUGUCACAGUUUGACUAUGAAAUGUCUAAUUUUGAUCCGUAUGAAAUAUUGGGUUUACCUCCGGGUGCAACUCAAGCAGAAAUCAAGAAGUCAUACCGUAAACAGUCAUUAAUUCUUCAUCCCGAUAAAGAAACUGGUGAUGAAAAAGCAUUCAUGAAACUAACUAAAGCUUAUCAGGCUCUUACAGAUGAUGAGGCACGACGAAAUUUUGAAAAGUAUGGAAAUCCGGAUGGUCCAGGAGCUAUGAGCUUUGGUAUAGCCUUACCUAGUUGGAUUGUAGAGAAAGAGAAUAGUGUGUGGGUGCUUGGUCUAUAUGCACUUGUAUUUAUGGUUGCCUUGCCAACAGCUGUUGGCACUUGGUGGUAUCGAUCUAUUAGGUUCUCAGGAGAGCAAGUUUUGUUAGAUACAACUCAAAUGUAUUUUUAUUUCUGUCACAAAACACCAUCUAUGCCACUAAAGAGAGCUCUCAUGAUACUUGCUGCAUCUUGUGAGUUUGACCGCAGACAUAACUCUGAAGUUAUUGAGAGAAUAACUGAUAAUGAAGAAGUCCCAAUGUUACUUCGUGAAUUACCAAACCUGGGCGAAAAGAAUAAAGAGCAACCGCUGUGCCGGCCGUACAGUAUUAAGGCACGCGCUCUUCUUCAUGCUCACCUGUCUCGAAUGAGGUUGCCGCCGGACACGUUGGAGUGCGAUCGACGAUAUGUGGUGUCGCGCUGCCCAGAUCUCAUUGUUGAGAUGGUCAACUGCGUCAAUCAGCUUAUAGCUCUCGCAUACGCCAGAAGGAUACCUCGACUACCGACAAUUGAAACAAUUGAAAAUUGUAUGAAGUUGUCUCCAAUGAUAGUACAAGGACUAUGGGAGUACAAGUCUCCUUUGCUCCAGUUACCAUACAUCACAGAAGACCAUUUGAAACACUUCACAAAUCGUAAAAAGCAUAUCAAAUCAUUGCUCCAACUAGCUCAGUUACCUGGUGAUGAGAGAAGACAAGUUUUACGGUUCCUCAAUGAUAAACAAUAUGAUGAUUUGAUGAAAGUGUUAGGCAACAUGCCUUAUAUUCAUUUUCAAGUAAACACUGAAGUAAUCGACGAUGAAAACUCAACUGUGGUGACAGCCGGCGCUAUUGUGACCGUAACUGUGUUUCUACGUCGAACCAAUAUGAAACAGUUGUUUGGAGAUACUACAAUAAAAGAAAAAGGUAUCAAAGAAGAUGAAGAAGUGGCUGGUGAAAAUGGAGAAAAAGGAGAAAAGGGAGACAACGAUAAAAACGAUAAAAAAGAAACGUUCAAACGGCCGGUGUGGAUGAAACAGACUAAGAAACACGCGCCGUCUAAGAAGACCAAAAAACCAGCAGCGAGCAAGCAACAGGCGAAACCGGCGGCAGUCAAUUCAACACCGCCGCCGCCCAGUAACGACGUCAAGAAAAAUAAAGAACCAAAGAAGAGAGAAGAAGAAGGUGAAGAAUCAGACGAGGGCAGUUCAGAUGACUCCGCAUCACAUAGUUCCGGGUCCGAAGAUGAGUCCCGAGACAAGUCAUCGGCUGCGGAUGAUGACGACGACCAAUGGGAUAAGUUCCAGAAGCGACUGCAAAAGCGCGAGCGGCUUGAGGGACGCUCCAAGAGCUCCCAUCCGGUGCACUGCCCGUACUUCCCACAGGAGAAGCAAGAAUAUUGGUGGUGCUACAUCUGCGAUCGUAAGUCGCACACACUGCUGACUGCGCCAGCGCACGUGACCGCGCUGGUUGACACCCACGAGCUUCAGCUGCGGUUCACGGCGCCGCGCUGGCCCGGUCUAUACACGCUCGCCUGCUGUUUACGAUCAGAUUCGUAUAUCGGCAUGGACCAGCAGCAAGAUAUGAAAUUAGAUGUGAAGGAGGCGGCCGCAGUACCAGCUGAGCACCCACAGUGGGAUAUCAGCGAUUCUGAUUCAGACAACAAUGAUCAGGGAGGCAACGAGAGUGAAUUCACGACAGACGACGAGGUUGAAGAGGAGUAGCAAAUGUAUAAUUAAGUUAUUUUUAUAGAGUUUAUUAUGGGGUAUAUGCGGCAUAAGUUGUUGUAUGGUCGGAGAGUGAAUGAAUAUAAUAAUAUUUUAUAUUCAA